GCUUCUCCAGCUGGCCAUCGAACCGAGCUUGAAGCUCGAAGCUCGAUCGGGUCGUCGAUUCUGCAAUCGGGCCUCUGUUUAGAAAGACUAGCACUCAUCGCAGCCACGAUUGUCGGUGUGACGUUACCGGAGGUGAUAGCUCCGACUCGACAAAUGGGGUGUAAGCCAAGCCCAUGUGUGCUGGGAUGCGUAGUCGACAUUAUGGCAGUAAUCUGGGGGAAGUGCGGUCUAUUUUGGCAUUAACAGUCUGCAUGUACCCAACAUAGGUUCAAUUGUAAGUAAAAC